CCUAUCCCAGCAUGCCGAGUGGUGUUCCUUUCGCAGUAGCGGAGGAGAAGCGAGAUCUCAGACGGCGGCCGGUCAAAUUAAGCGGGACGCACUGAUCCACUUUAGUCUGUAAAAAGCGGCUGCCUUGGGGGGGUUGAGAAAUUUGUAGCUUGUCAUCAGGAAGGGUGAGCAGAACAGAGAGAGGCGAGAGAGGGUGGAAGGAAGAACUCGGUCUCCCUGUGUCAGGGAGGGGGAAAAGCAGCGCCAGAUAGGUGGGGGAUUUGGGCUCCGCCAGCCGAGCACAGACCUGCAGCUUUAGACUCCGACGGGCCGCGCAGAGACCAUGAUCAAGCUCUUCUCCCUCAAGCAGCAGAAGAAAGAGGAGGAAUCGGCCGGAGGCACCCGAGCCGGCGUCGGGGGGAAAAAAGCCAGCGCGGCUCAGCUUCGGGUCCAGAAAGAUAUUAAUGAACUAAAUUUACCAAAAACAUGUGAAAUAGUUUUCCCUGAUCAAGAUGAUCUCUUAAACUUCAAGUUAAUCAUCUGUCCUGAUGAGGGUUUCUAUAAAGGAGGAAAAUUUGUCUUCAGUUUUAAGGUGGGCCAAGGGUACCCCCAUGAUCCUCCCAAAGUGAAGUGCGAAACAAUGGUUUACCAUCCCAAUAUUGAUCUAGAAGGAAAUGUCUGUCUAAAUAUUCUCAGGGAAGACUGGAAGCCCGUGCUAACGAUUAAUUCCAUUAUCUAUGGCCUACAGUACCUCUUUCUGGAACCAAACCCUGAGGAUCCUUUGAACAAGGAAGCAGCUGAAGUUCUCCAGAACAACCGGCGGCUGUUUGAACAGAAUGUUCAGCGAUCGUUGAGGGGCGGAUAUGUGGGCUCAACGUACUUUGAACGCUGUCUGAAAUAAGCCGAGGCUAUAGCCAAGUUGGGUGGGGAGGGAGGGGAGGAUGCGACAUAGCACACAUGGAGAUGGAUAGCCAACUGGCCAGCUAGCUGUGAAAGUUCUUGGGAUGCAUUUUGGGGGUGGGAGGAGGAUUGGGAUAAGGUCAGAAUUUGCAGUGAUGUACUUUGAUUAAAUAUUAAAUAAACUUAGGCGGAAGCCAUCACAUGGGUCAGCAGGGGAAAUUAUGAAGACAGAGAAAAAAAUGAGCAAGAACUAGCAGGAGAUUCAUUAUAUGUGCCAUGGACUUAACAAAAGAGAAGGGGCACUUUAAAAAUAAAAAUAAAAAAACAACACUUGGACCCAAGCAGGGAUGUGGUAAACGGUGUUCCAUGGGAAUGCUUUUUCUAUUUAGACUGUUUUUUUGAAUGGCAAGUAGUGGCUUGGCAUGAAGACUUAUGGUGUUCAAGUAAAUAUAUACAUGUAUAUCUGUCCUGAUGUCCAGAGUGUUUGCUGAGGGAAACUGACGUGUAGAAUUUAGUGAACUGUGGUCAGCUAGGAAGACAGUGCUACCCCAAACGCUUUAAAAGGGCUAACUCUGCAUACAUAAAAUGCCGCAGUUUUACAUUUCAUCUGAUGGGAAGGUGCAAAUAAAUGGUAAGGAUACAUCUUUGAUCUGUUUAUAUAUUGUUUUUCAAUAUAUGCACUGGAGUUUUAGAACACUUCACAGAAGGCAAAGAGAAAAUAGGCAUUCAGGCUGGACAGCUUUCAUAUUCUUUUUAAACAUGGCUCGAGACUGGUAAAUUCAAUUAAGUUGAAUUCAAAUUUAAAAUCAGUGGCCAAAUAAUCAGUCUUUAUUAUUCAUACCUAUACAAUUGUGUUGUAUUUUAAAAAGGGGGGGGGGUCCUUAUGUUAUAGCAUAGUGCAUAUGACUAUCGUAACUUCAUUCAGAUACUGGGUUUAAACAGAGUAUUUCACAAAUGAAAUAUAGUAUAAAUCUUUGAUUCAGUCAUGAUGUUCUCAAAUUCAUGCAGGAUAUAUGCCUAGUUACUACUACCCCAUGUCAUGUUAUGUAAAGCACUGACCAUUUCUGUUUUAUCUACUCCAUUAUUCAUUCACAUGCUGCUGGUGGAAUGUCUUUCUACCAUGAGAUGCAGAAUGGUGUUUUUAACUUGGAUGUUGCACAUAAUUAAUUUAUUUAUCUACUUCACCUCUUAUUUUUGUGAAUUUUUUUUUCCUCCAGUUUGUGUGAAUGAGAAAUGAUGUUCUACCAAAGAAGCGUUUGCUUCCUCCUAAUGCACAUGCCAUGAUUGAAAUAUCUUAGUUGUUUUGGGGAAGGUGGGGUGGGAGAUGGGGCUGGACAACAGAUAAUUUUACCAUAAUGACAUAUUAAAGGGAUAAUCUGCCGUAUCCUGUAAUCUUUUUCUUUUUUUCAGUAGUAUGUUACAUUAAUGCCACAUCAUACCUGAAUUUUUAUAUAUGUGCUUUUCAUCACCAGUGCCAUGUGCUUAGAACAGUUCUAUGAUUGUACUGUAUUAUGAUUAAACACCGUAAUUGACAACAGACCAGAAUCUGAAGCCACAUGGUGAUCUGCAGGGUCAGUAUGAAUUCAAGAAAGAAAUUCGAUAUCCAAAGAGAGAACUGCCCCCUGGUGAACUAGCCUGUCUCUAAUUGCUCUCAGUCCUCAUCCCCACCCCAAGACAGCAAGUUGUUCUGCUGUGCUUCAGGUUUCCCAACUAUGCUUUGUUUCAGGCCCUAGUGCUAUGCUACUCUUGAUUCUCUGACCUGGGCUGGCCAGAUUUUCUAAACUCUUGAUUCUGACUUGUGGAUGACGUUACCUGGAGGUUUUUGUCUAAUAGCUUUGCCACUGUGACUGCUGUCCUUCCAUUCACCUACAAUAUACAUUGAUGUUAGAAAUUGCCCUCUGUUGGUUGCCAGAUUUUUCCAGUCACCAUGCCUGAAGGAUUAGUAUAUUGUGUCACUUGGAACACAAAUUUGCAAUGUACAGAAAUCGGUUUAGGAAAUCCCAAGGGCUCACAGCUUGGGUUUGUGUUGUAGCAGAAGCACGCAUGUUUGUGGGGAGCACUGGGUGGGAAUUGGUUUAUGGGAGUGGGGUUGGGAAUGAAUCCUGGAAUAAAUUGUAUAUCUCUUACCUGCGCCAAGCUUUUACUGUUCAGAAUGGUAAAUAAAUAAAAUAAAAAUAAAGGUUUUAUAAAGUGGUCUUUUA